AUGUUUCUUGCCACUCAAGCUGUCCAGGCACGAGGUCCCGCCGCGAACCAUCCGUCAUCACUAGCGUCAGGAAACCCCUACAAGUGUCCGCCUCAACUGUUGGAAGCCGCCAAGCUACCACCUAAAGUAACGAAAACACAUAUUUACUUCUUUGGCUACGAAGGCCCUGACCCUCACGUCUGCUUUCAACAGUGGUUUCCCUGCAUGUUCACCGCCCGUGUCUGGACCGCUACGGACGUCAACCACCCAUCUGGGCCUCGACAAGAAUUCGGAUCCACAGAGCAGGUCAUAAUGCACGCCAAAGCCAUGCUCAUGGGCGAUGAAGAGACCGCGACCAAGAUAGCCAAUGCAACACACCCAAGUGAGGCCAAGCUCUUGAGUCGCCAGGUUCGGGAUUUCGAUCAGGAACGAUGGAACUCGCGCUGCGAGGCGAUCGUCGCAGAGGCCAAUCACGCCAAAUUCAGUCAGAACGAAGAUCUGAAGCUCGUACUCCUUGGGACUGGGGAGAGGAUCAUUGUUGAGGCAAGUCCGGACGACAGGAUUUGGGGCAUCAGCUUCGAUGCCGCAACAGCCGAGGGCAAGGAGGCGGAGUGGGGCAAGAACCUACUGGAAAAGGUUCUGAUGAGAGUGAGAACGCGGCUAAGUGAAAGUUCAAGUGCUUGA